CACUUUGAUUCCUUUACCUUACAUCCAAAUCGAAUCAAAAAAAAAAAAAAAUUAAGACAACGGAACCAAUGGCCGGAAUCGGACCUUUAACUCAAGACUGGGAACCAGUGGUUAUUCGAAAAAAGGCCCCAAGCGCCGCCGCCAAGAAGGAUGAGAAGGUCGUCAACGCCGCCCGUAGGGCCGGCGCCGAGAUCGAAUCCAUCAAAAAAUCAAAUGCUGGGUCGAACAGGGCAGCAUCAAGUAGUACUUCUUUGAACACCAGGAAGCUUGAUGAAGAAACUGAAAAUCUUGCUCAUGAUCGAGUGCCAACUGAACUGAAGAAAGCCAUCAUGCAGGCUCGAAUGGAGAAGAAACUUACCCAGGCUCAACUUGCUCAGAUGAUCAAUGAGAAACCCCAGAUUAUACAAGAGUAUGAAUCUGGAAAAGCCAUCCCUAAUCAACAGAUAAUUGGUAAAUUGGAGAGGGCUCUUGGUACGAAGCUGCGAGGGAAGAAGUGAGGCAGGUCUUGUAGUAAACAUCAAACAGAACUCAAAUAUAAUCCAGCGUCUGAGUUCUAAACCUUGGUGGUGUAAAUGAAUGUUAUCUACCAUUGUUAUGGCUUGCUUGUAAGAACAGUGUCUUUGACUUUGUGUGAUGACUAGACUGAAAUAGAGUGUGUUCUUGACUCUUACAUGGCAUUUGCUGUGCUCUUUGUGGUU